UUCUUAUAUCUAUUCGACUAUUGAGCAUUUUGAAUCGAAACAAACUUUUAAAAAAGGUCCUGUGAUAAAUGUUAAUUUGAUUAAUAAGGAUUUAUUAAACAAUUCAAUCAAAUAUGGAGAACGAAAAGAGUACUAUGCUUGCUGUUUUACAACUUCUUAGGAAAUAUAAUUUAAAGGAAACUGUAGAAUUAUUCAGGAAAGAAGCAAAUCUUACAGAUGUAUCCACAGAUGAAACUCAACAAACAGAUUCAGAAGUAAGCAGUGUUCUGUCAGCUUAUAAAAGUGAAGGUGAUCCUGCUUUAUACGAAAAGGCAUAUAGUGAAUUAAAGAAAUUUGUAGAAAGUUCUUUAGACAUUUACAAGCAUGAGUUAGGUACGAUAUUAUAUCCAGUAUUGGUACAUAUGUAUCUAGAACUAGUAUACAAUAAUCAUUCUGAAGAGGCAAAACAAUUAAUAGAAAAAUUUGGAGGAAAUUUAGAAGAAUAUUAUCAAUCUGAUUUAAAAAAACUUUCAAAUGUCACAAGACGUGAACAAAUGGCGGGAAAUGAAUUGACAGACACAUUUAAAUCCAAUCAAUUUAUUAUAAGAAUGUCAAGAGAUACUUUAUCGAUAUUAAAACGACAUUUGCAAGAAAAAAAGCAUAGUGUAUUGUUGAAUAUUAUACAAGAACAUUUAUAUUUUGAUAUGUAUGAAGGAGUUGCUCGUAAUAAACAACAAAUUGAAGCUACUUCUGGUGCUGUAGUGGGCGAAGCAACAAGACAAGAUAAUAAAGCAAAGGUUUAUUAUGGUCUUCUAAAGGAACCGGAUAUUCAAUGUGUUCCACCAGCUGAAGAAGAGGAGGAUGAUGUAGCUGGUGCAGAUGGUGAUAAACCAAAAAAAAAGAAGGCUAAAAAAGAUCCAUUGUUUUCAAAGAAAACAAAAUCAGAUCCAAAUGCACCACCUGUGGGCAGAAUGCCAUUACCCAACUUAAAGGAUGUAGAUAAGUUAGAAAAGGUUAAAGCAUUGAGAGAAGCAUCUAAGAGAGUUGUUCUUGGUCCUGACACAUUACCUUCUAUUUGUUUUUACACAUUACUUAAUACUGUACAUAGUGUAACUGCAGCAGAAGUAGCAGAAGAUUCGAGCUUAUUAGCUGUUGGGUUUAGUGAUUCUGCCAUUAAAGUAUGGAGUUUAGUUCCGCAAAAAUUAAGACUGAUGAAAUCUGGUGAACAAUUGCAAGAUAUUGAUAGAGAAGCAGAUGAUGUAUUAGUCAGAAUGAUGGAUGAUAGGACAGCAGAAACAUCAAGAUCAUUAUAUGGACAUAAUGGACCAAUAUAUAAUCUUUCUUUUAGCCCAGAUAGGAAUCUUUUACUUUCAUGUUCUGAAGAUGCUACAGUAAGAUUAUGGUCACUUCAUACAUGGACGUGCGUAGUUUGUUACAAAGGUCAUUUAUUUCCAGUAUGGUGUAUAAGAUUUUCACCUCAUGGUUAUUAUUUUGCAACAGCCUCUCAUGAUAAAACAGCUAGACUUUGGGUGACCGAUUGUCAUCAACCUCUUAGAAUAUUUGCUGGUCAUUACUCUGAUGUUGAUGUAGUACAGUUUCAUCCUAAUUCAAAUUACAUUGCAACCGGUUCUAGCGAUAUGACCGUGAGAUUAUGGGAUUGCGUAACCGGUAGUCAAGUAAGAUUAAUGACAGGUCAUAAAGGUCCAAUAUAUUCUCUUGCAUUUUCGGCUGAAGGUCGAUUCUUAGCUUCAGCUGGUGCUGAUUGUCGCGUGCUUGUGUGGGAUUUGGCACAUGGUCAUCUUGUUGCUGCUUUAUCUAGUCAUACAAGUACCAUACACUGUUUAUCCUUCAGUAGAGAUGGAAAUAUAUUAGUUUCAGGGUCAUUAGAUUGUACUAUUAUAUUAUGGGAUUUUACGAAGUUAGCAGAAGAAAUGAGUUUGGAAGAUGUUAAUGUUUCGCAUAAUCCUGAUGUAAAGACCAACGCUGAAACAUAUUUAUUGCGAACGUUUCCAACGAAAAAUUCUCCAGUUUUGACCUUACAUUUUUCUCGAAGAAAUUUACUUUUAGGAGUUGGAUUAGAACAUUAUGAAAUGCUAAAGGCAUUAUAUGAUUUCGAUGCCACCUUCGCUAAAACUCUCAGCUUUCGUGAAGGGGAUCAUUUUAUAUUCCAUCAGAGUAAUACAAAGCAAAGAAAUUGGUGGCAAGUAGUGAAUAAUAAGGCUCAGGUUGGAUAUAUUCCAUCUAAUUAUGUCACUACCGUAAAGGUACAGGCACAAUUUUUCAUCGACUUUCUGGAUGGAUCUAUACUAAUUCUACAAUCGGAAAGUAAUAAAAGCGGUGAUACUCAUAAACAAGAUCUAUUAUCCGACUUGCUGACAAGAAGAAAACAAAUAGCGUUAAAUAAGAAACAACAAGCACCGAGUCAGAAAAAACAAGCACCAAUGCCUCCUGAUUUUGGAAAUACUACUCCAACCAAAGAAACUAUUGCUUCUACAUGUCCUAAUUCAGAGGUAGAUGUCAGACAUAUACAAAGUAAUACUUCUUAUGUAACAGCACAAACGACUCUUCAUGGUAAUUUGGAUCAAGGAGAAGUAUAUAAUACACAGUGUCGACGCCAGUCUGGAACUGAACAACGUAGACAGUCCUUUCCUCGUCAGUCUAGUUCAGAGACAGUUCAAAAAGCUUAUCCUACGACGCCGGAAAUACGUAAGAGUCCUUCGCAGAUUAGUGCACGAACGUCUCCUAAUGGUUCGCCUAUAAAAACUAAUUCCAUGUGUAAUAUAAAUUCCAAAACGGCUUAUCAAUUACUCGACAAAGUUCGUCGAAAUACUCAAUUAAGUUAUGAAAUGUCUAAAGUGGCAGUCAUAGUUGUUGUAUCUGACUUACAACAUCUGUUACCUGAAAGUGUAAAUCACUAUUUUGAAGCAUUAUUGCAACAAUUAGAAACACCGCUAACAGUAUCAAAAAUGAAUAUCGAAGAAACUUAUGAUGCAAGUAGACUCAAAAUCAUUUUCACUGAACUCACUUCUUGCAAAGAAGAUUCUCAACAAAGAAAUUGGAUGCUUUAUGAGGAUGAAUCUGUUAUAGUAGAAAACAUUACUGAGCUUACAUCUAUACUGACAAAUGCAGAUGCAAAUGUUUCAAGAUACAUUUUAAAACAAGAUCAAUACAAUGGCGUUAACGUAUUAAUUCAGUAUUAUCAAAUGGAGCCUAGAUGGACUAUAAGACAAUUACUGUUGCAAUCAUUUGGUGUAAUGUGUAGUUUAGAUUCUAUCAUUUUAACUAUUAUGUUAAACAGCAUAUUACCAAUGGAAUUAGCAAGAGAUAUGAGGAGUAAUCCAAGAAAUGUACAGAAAUUAAAUUAUUCUUCAUUGCUACUUAGUAUGAUUUUUUCAAUGGGUGAACCAAUGCCAGUUACACAUUGGGAACAACUAGGAUCUGAUUUUGUCUCGUUCCUCUUGGAUUUGAUAGAAAACCCACCAGACUCUGAUUUGGAAGAUCAAAUUCCUGAUUUAUUCGUCAAUUUAAUAUUAUCCUAUAAUUUGCAAUUUACGAAUUCGGAAAAUCCAUUAAUAAGUGCAUUAAAAGAAAGGACAGUAGCAAAAAUUUUCACUGAAAAAAUCCUCUUUCUUUUUAACAGAGAAGAGGAUCCAGUAAGAAUAUUUGAUCAUGAACCACAACCUCCUCAUUCCGUAUUGAAAUUGUUUAUCGAUCUGUUUAAUAACGACUAUACAGCAGGUCUUUUCUAUACUAACGACGUGAAAGUCUUAAUUGAAAUUAUUUUGAGGCAACUUUUCGAUAUGUAUCCUGGCGAUAAGCGUAGACAAUAUUUAGAAUUGUGUCGUAGAGUAUUACGUACUUCAAAUUAUAAUGAACAUCGGCAUCAAUCCGAAGAUCUUUUAAAAUGUUUUACAAGGAUAUUUUGCGAGGAAACGACUGAGAGUCAAGAGGACCAACGAUUGGUACGUGAAAUUAGCAAUGAAUUUCCACAUUUAUUUAAAAUGUGACCUUUACUUUCAUCCUCCGAUAAUAAAGACUUGGAGGAAGAUGAUUUACAAACUCUCGUAUAAAGCACAAAACUUGAAAGUAGGACUAGGCAGAUAUUUACUCGACUUUCUGGUGAGAAAUCUUUCUUAUUUUUUAUAACUCGUCUUCUCUAAUAUACAUAUAUUAUAUAUUUUUUUCGCUCGAAAAAAAAAUCACUAUAUCAAUGAUAAGAUGCACACUAUAUGAAAGAUAUUCUAUUUGCCGAGUUGAUGUCAUUUCUUAGAUUAAUACCCUCGGUAGAAAAAGUGUUACCUGCUAAUAGUGACAGAUAUGUGAUUACAUGUUACCAAAAUGAAGAAAAUUAUCGUACAUAUGUGUCGAAUGUAUGUACGUGUAUCUACCUAUAUAUAUCAUAUGUUUAGUGUUAUUCGAGAGAAAUUUCUCAUUCCAAAUACGAGGACCAUGACCAUAUAUUAUCGUCCUAUUUUACCCUUUGGUAUUUAAAUAUGAGUUGAGACAAUUUAAAAGCAGUUAGAUGUAAUAAUGAUCCUAUCGCGAAAGAUAAUUUGCGAAUUCGUUGCAUUUUUGGAACUUUUAAAGAUAUUAAGAAAAAAAAAGACAAACAAUUUAGUCUUACAAAUAGUUAUAUAUCUUCGUGUUAAGCAUAAUCUAGUCGAAGACUACAUAUAUAUAUGUAUACACAUAUAUAUAUAUAUAUAUAUAUAUAUAUAUAUAUAUAUAUAUCAGAAUAGAACUUUAUCAUCACAUUUCUUACCUUUACGUGCUAUAUUCUUUGGCAGAAUCUAUUUCUGAUAGAAUCGAAACAUUUAAAAUGCAAGUUUACGUGAAAAUGCCUUUGUGCCACUUACAGUUAUCGAAUUUCCUAGUCUAUCGCUAGUAACUAUAUUUUUUUAAAAGUAUAGUAGUACGUUAUGUUUACACGACUAUUAGACAAAUUAAAUUAAGUGAGUCAAUUGCAAUAAAAAAAAAAAAA